AUGGCCUCAAAGGUUUAUUCGCAUAAUGACUACACAGUCGGACUGGUCUGCGCACUGCCCAAGGAGCAAACAGCCGCAAUAGCGAUGCUGGACCAGCGGCAUGAUAGCCUUGCUAACCCUGUCAAUGACCACAAUGCAUACACGCUUGGAUGCAUGAGCAACCACAACGUGGUCAUCGCCUGUCUCCCUAAAGGCGAGAUCGGGACAAGCUCAGCAGCAACAGUGGCAACAAGGAUGAUAUCUACCUUCCCAUCAAUUCGGUUCGGCCUGAUGGUUGGAAUCGGAGGAGGGGUCCCUCCAAAUGUUAGGCUGGGCGAUGUCGUCGUUAGUACGCCAGCUGGCGGCCUGCCUGGUGUUAUACAAUGGGAUAUGGGUAAAGCAGAACAAAUGAACCAUUUCAGACAAACAGGCACCCUUAACAAUCCCCCAAGCGCGCUGCUUACGGCUGUGACGAGACUCGAGUCGAAGCACGAGAUGGAGGGCUCUGCGAUAUCGCAGUAUCUGGAGGAUAUGACCACCAAAUACCCAAAGUUGGCGCUGAAAUAUACAAGGUCGGACAGCCUGGAAGACGUCUGCUUUGAGGCGGGCUACAAUCAUGUCGCAACAGUGUCAGAUCCACGGCCUAGCAUCAGCAAUGUCGGUAAGAAGCGGGAUUACAACGGACAAAUAAUCGCACAAGAUUUAAAUAGUUGCCGAGGGUGCGACCGGACGAGAGCAUUGAAGAAGCCACCGCAUGAGAUGACCGUCCAUUAUGGUUUGAUUGCCUCAGGGAACCAGGUUAUUAAGGACGCCGCGUUCCGCGAUCAAAUCAAUGCCCGACUGGGCGGUGGUGUUCUUUGCUUCGAGAUGGAAGCAGCAGGCUUGAUGAAUGGCUUCCCAUGCGCGGUCAUCAGGGGAAUCUGCGAUUACUGCGAUUCACACAAGAACGACGUGUGGCAGGAGCACGCAGCGGCGGUUGCAGCUGCCUUCACCAAGGAACUUCUGUCGGUUAUUCCCCCAGCUCAGGUAGUGGACGCCCCGACUGCAGGAAAGGUAAUGCAAUCGGUGGCAGAGACGGUAGACAGCAUUCGAGACGAUGUUUCCGUUAUCCGAAGUGUUGUCCAUACAUUUAGAUCUGCUGGUGACGAGGAAUACCGCAAGACCCUCCGCAGCUGGCUGAGCCCGAUUGACUACAACAAAGUCCAAAGUGAUGUUUAUCGAAAUUGCCAAGAGGGAACAGGGCAGUGGUUUUUGAAUGAUCCGAGAUUUACAGCUUGGCUGUCCGGCAGUUCGUCCCCGACUUUGUUUUGUCCUGGAAUUCCCGGUGCAGGCAAGACGGUGAUAGCGUCACUUGCCGUGAACCAUUUGCGCUCCAGGUACAUGAAUGAUUCUACUUCCGAGACAGAGAGAGUUGGCGUGGCAGUAUUAUACUGCAACUACCAGCAACAGAGUGCCCAAGCAUCCCAUGACCUACUUGCCUCGCUCCUAUCGCAGCUGUCGCUGGAACAAGAUAUCGUCCCCCCCAGCAUUCGGUGCCUUCAUGAUCGAUUUCGUAAACGAAAGACUCAGCCCUCACCGCGUGAUAUAUUCGAAGAGCUGCGUUCCACCAUAGCCGGAUACUCCACUGUAUUCGUUGUUAUCGACGCAUUGGAUGAGUGUAAAGAUGAUGCAACUCGCAAAGACCUUCUGGACAAGACGCUCCAGUUACAGCAGAUAGCAGAUGUCCGUUUAAUGCUGACAUCAAGGCCGAAUAUCCUACCGAACCGCGAAGGCAUGAUUCAGUUUCCGAUACAUGCUAGCGAGGACGAUGUUCGACGGUACCUCACAAGCCAGCUAGGCCAUUUAUCGGUGGUUGUUGAACGUGACACGAUGUUACAAAACGAGAUUGAACUACGGGUUUCAAAGGCAGCUGCUGGAAUGUUUUUACUAGCCCAGCUUUACGUGGGCUCGCUGAAAGGCAAGCAUACAAAGAAGGCCAUCUAUACCGAAUUGAACAAGAUGGACACAGGCCACGCAGGGCUAGACCACGCAUACCAGGGCGCGUUUCAACGGAUAGAAAGCAGCCUUUCUAAAUCACUGAUUUCUUGGGUUGUCUGUGCCCUAAGGUUGCUCACAGUGGACGAGAUGCAGCAUGCACUCGCAAUUGAAGCUGGGACAUCGAGUCUGGACCACUCAAACAUCUGUGACUUACAGGAAGUCGUGUCAGGAUGCGCGGGCUUGGUGGUGCUCGACUCAGUUAGCCAGAGUAUACGGCUGGUCCACCAAACUGCAAAAGAUUAUUUCAACGCCAACAUCUCGGAAUAUUUCCCAGGCGCCCGAAGCAAUAUUGCCGUCAGCUGUCUGACGUAUUUGAGCUACGAAGAAUUGAAGACCGGUGCAUGCACAAAUCACCAGUUACUGGAGAGUAGGUUGCGCCGGUUUCCUUUCCUUAAUUAUGCCUCUAGUUCCUGGGAUUACCACUGGAACCACAUGGGGGACAAAGUGGAGGAACCUGUCUUGACAUUUCUCUUGGAUCAAGGACUGGUUUCUGCAGCCAGUCAGUGCGCCCUGGAUACAGAUGACUGGGAACGUGAAUAUGGCCAAGGAGCUCCAAACCGAAGAACUGGGAUGCAUCUAGUGGCAGCUUUUGAUCUUCACGAACUCGUGCCACGUCUAUCGGAGAAGUUGUCUCUAGAUUCAACGGAUAAUUCUGGAUAUACUCCACUGCAUUAUGCCGCGCAAAACAGUAGUGAACUCACAGUGCAAUGCCUUCUGGACUGCGGUGCUAACUUUAAUUUGGCUUCCAGUUCUGGUGCCACACCGUUACAUGUCGCAGCCAGGGAAGGCCGUGAUGCGAUUGUGGCACUGCUGCUAGAAAGGGGCGCUAAUAUCAACUAUCGGGACAAUGGCGGGGGUACACCUUUGACUUGGGCCAUUGAUAAAAACUCAGACGUCAUUGUCAAGCUACUCUUGAGGAAGGGGGCCCAAAUGGAGUUUUUGUACUGCCCCCUUUUUCAGUAUACAGCCCUUUUCCCAUCACAGCUCGUUAUACAGCCGUCCAACGCAAAUGAAUCCGAGACCCUGCCGAGAUUAAGGGCGCUGUCUACCUUGAUGUCCUCUACAGCCAAAUCCAAUACUGCUGAUGGGGAUCCAGACCAGGAAAUCUCGCCGUCUCGUUAUGAGCGAAGAAUUUUUCUGCCGCCGCAAUUCCUGUCCCAAAUGGACUUCCACGACCACCCUCUUCUGCCAGACGGCAUGCAAUCUCUUGUGGACGAUUACUACCGGUAUGGGUCACCGGGAAACUCAAAUCUUACAAUGUAUAAUUGGAGUGUUGAUGAUAUGUUCUUUACUCCCCUGCUGCGUGCAGUGUGGAGAGGAUAUCACAGCAUCGUAUAUCUUCUCUUGAAAAAGGGCUGCUCCCCAAGCUUUGGGAAUAGUAGAGGACUCACUCCUCUGGUGUUGGCAACACGACUGAAAGAUGAUGCAACUAAGAUGAUAAUGCUAUCGUACUAUGAUCGACCGGGGCAGUUCCUUGCCGGAGUUGAGAACGAUAAGACAUUCUGGGAUUAG